AUGUCUGAGCCUCCGCUGUGUGCUGUUGAACGGCAGCCUCCCCUCGCCCCGCAGCCGGGCGGGGACCGGCACCGGCCCGGGCCAACUUCGCAGCGGCCCGGCGCAUCCUUCGGGGGCGCUGGGAAGUGGCCUGGACCCACGCAUGGCAUCUGCGUUGAUGUGGGCAGCAGCAGCAUAUGCUGCCGGCUGCAGAGGGACCGGUCCCGUCGCCAUCUGCGUGCAGGCUUGCUGGGGCUGCGGCGGGCGUUGCAGCUGGGGCUCUGCAUCCCUGCCUUUCCCAGGGCCGUGCACGAGCUGGUGGCAGGUCAUCCAGCUCAGAGCUGGGAGCCUACGGUGGUGUGUCCACAGCUCUUCGUGUCUCAUGAGAGUUUCUUCUCCUUUGGGCUCCAACGAGGGCAGAAAGACUGGAGGCUGGCCCUGCAGACCAGUGUGACCUGCCUGUACCCGGUCACCGCCGGCUCCGCUUGGGCCAGGCUUUUCACCCGAAAUGCCCUUUCCCUGCUGGGCCGCCUCACCACGGCCAAGGUGCUGCCGCAACGCGCCGUCCCCGUCCCUGGUGUCCAGCCUGCUCUGGCCUCCCGUGCCGGCCAGGGGCUGCCUGGCUCGGACGUGGACUGGGACGACCUUUGGGAUCAGUUUGAAGAGCGGAGGUACCUGAGCGCCCGGAGGUGGAAGGGCGGCGAGGACCCGUACCGGCUCCAUGCCUUUAACCAGCGGGAGAGCGAGAGGAUCCCCAGUGACCGUGCUGUCCGCGACACCCGCCAUCACAGGUGUACGACUUUGCACUAUCGCCAGGACCUCCCGCCCACCAGCGUCGUCAUCACCUUCCACAACGAGGCCCGGUCGACCCUGCUAAGGACAAUUCGGAGGGUUGUAAUUCCAGCACCUGUGCACCUCGUCCAUGAAAUCAUACUAGUGGAUGACUUCAGUGAUGAUCCUGACGACUGCCGCUUGUUGGGCAAGCUCCCCAAGGUGAAGUGCUUGCGGAAUGGACAGCGAGAAGGUCUGAUCCGGUCCCGAAUCCGAGGGGCAGAUGUGGCAGAAGCAGCAGUCCUGACCUUCCUUGACAGUCACUGUGAGGUGAAUAAGGACUGGCUACUUCCUCUCCUGCAGAGGAUCAAAGAGGAUCCCACCCGAGUGGUCAGCCCCGUUAUUGACAUCAUCAACUUGGACACUUUUGCCUAUGUGGCGGCUUCCUCGGACCUCAGAGGCGGUUUUGACUGGAGUCUUCAUUUCAAAUGGGAGCAGCUUUCUCCAGAGCAGAAAGCCAAACGACUUGAUCCUACCGAACCCAUUAAGACUCCCAUCAUUGCCGGGGGGCUGUUUGUGAUCGACAAAGCCUGGUUCAAUCACCUGGGGAAGUAUGACAGUGCCAUGGACAUCUGGGGUGGGGAGAACUUCGAAAUCUCUUUCCGCGUGUGGAUGUGUGGAGGGAGCUUGGAAAUCAUUCCCUGCAGCCGUGUUGGACAUGUCUUCCGGAAGAAACAUCCAUACGUCUUUCCAGAGGGAAAUGCCAAUACAUAUAUUAAAAACACCAAGCGUACCGCGGAGGUGUGGAUGGACGAAUUCAAGCAGUACUACUACGCGGCUCGUCCGGCAGCCCAAGGGAGGCCUUAUGGAAACGUCCAGAGCAGAGUGGAUCUGCGGAAGAGGUUGAAAUGCCACAGCUUCAAGUGGUACCUGGAAAAUGUUUAUCCCGAACUUCGGAUUCCCGAGGAAUCGCUCUAUCAGACUGGGAUGAUCAGGCAAAGGCAGAGCUGCCUGGAGUCGCACAAGUCUGAAGCCCAAGAGUUCCCCAUCCUGAGCUUAAAUCCUUGCAUCAGCAGUAAAGGCACAGCAGCAACGGCACAGGAAUGGACAUACACAUACAACCACCAAGUCCGCCAGCAGCAGCUGUGCUUGUCUGUGUACACCCUCUUCCCUGGUUCCCAGGUGCUGCUGUCACCUUGCAAAGAAGGUGACAACAAGCAGCGAUGGGGUAAAGUUGGGUCACACAUUGAACACAUAGCUUCACGCUUCUGUUUGGACACUGAGACGACUGGGGACACGAAUGAGAGCACCAAAGAACUUGUCAUCAACCCUUGCGAGAGCACAGCCAUGAGUCAGCGCUGGGACAUGGUGAUGUCUUGACCUGCUUGAGGAUUUACGCAGCGGGGAUGGGCACUGAGACAUUGCUACAUGCAGCCAAGACGCACCAGAUGGAGCUCAAAUGCAAAACCAUUGGGGGUCGUUGUGUAUUAUGGGACAGGAGAAGAAUCAUUCAAAUAAAAACAAGGACAUGGCACUCCAGGUUGAACAACGGAUGUUGUCUGCAAAGCACGUAGCCAUUAUUGGCCUGUUGGCAGUCAUACAUUCAAAGAGAAGGGAUGGCAAAAAACCCAAAAUGUUUUGGAGGGAUACCAGGGCUCCCGUGAUGGGCCCUACAGAAGUUUUUUUUUUUUAUAGUAUUUAUUAAUCUCUCUGGAAACCCAUGUAGUAGAGCCUUGGAGACCAAAAGAAGACUUGGACUCAGCAAAACAAGCAUCUCAAUAG